CCCAGCUGCCGCUGGGGGGUGGGGGACUGCUCCAGUCUCUGUGUGUGUGUGAGAGAGGGAGAGAGACCAGGGUCUGGUGGGCUAGGGAUACAGGAACUCUCGCCGCGUCGGGAGGCUCGGAACAACUUGCCCCCUGGAUGCAAGCAAAACAAUAGAGACGGUUAAAGACUCAGAGGCGACGGGAACGGGCCGCUCUCUCAACCCGAGAUUUUAAAUGAAUAAAAUUAUUGCCCAUCAUGCAUUGUAUACAGAAAUAUGAUUGGCCCAAGCCACUGACGAGCCGUGUGACAUUAUCUGUCUAAAGGAGGAGACCAAGAAGAUCACUGACAUUGGUUAAUGGAGGCACUUGUGAAUGCCCGCAAGAAAAUUAAUCUCAGGAUAGUAUAUGGUGACAAGCCUCCGUCCAUUGUAAUUCAAAGGAAAUUGGCUUGGAUGCUGUCCGACACAGGGUCAUGGGAAGUUCUGAGCUGAAUCGGCGGUGUUAACCCUUUGAUGGGAGGGACGGACUGAGCUGAGAUCUUCCAUUACGUCUGUCAGCUGGUAGGACCUUUGACCCCCCCCCCCAGUCACUUGAUGUGACAUCCCAGCCCACGGAGGGGGCAGACAUGGAUCUGGCCUAUUGACCUGUGCCAGUGGUCUAGUGAGAGUGGGCAGUGCCAUCUGGCUAGGACAGGACCAGCUGCAGACCGGUGGAGGCACGGAACAACUCCUCCUGGCUCUGUAUGGAAACUGUCCUGUGACCUCUCUUCUGACGGACGCUGUUACGGGCAACUUGGAACCAUGACGUCCACACUGCAGACCCUGCCCUUCCAGCUCCUGACGCACGACGCAGGGCAGAGCGCACUCCGUACGUGUGACCAGGAGAUCGACCGGAAGUAUGAUAUCGUGCCCUCUGUACUCUGCUCCAUGUGUUGCCUCUUCGGAGUCAUCUACUGCUUCUUUGGCUAUCGGUGUUUCAAGGCCAUCAUGUUCCUCACCGGAUUGAUGUUCGGCUCUAUCAUCAUCUUUAUGCUGUGUUACAAGGAGAGGGUCCUGGACACCCAGCUUAGCAUGGAGGCCAGCGUUGGAAUCGGCUUGGGCAUCGGCGUGCUAUGCGGCCUGGUCACCAUGCUGGUACGGAGCGUCGGCCUGUUCAUGGUGGGACUGCUGCUGGGCCUGCUGGUUGCCGUGGCAACCCUUGUGGUACUGGAGCAGUUCUACCACCCCCGCACAGUCUGGGUGCCCAUUGGACUGUUGCUGGGGGCCGGGAUGUUCUUCGCCGUGCUGACCCUCCAGUGGCAGCGGUUCUUCACAGUCCUCUCCACGUCUGUGUUUGGUUCCGCCGUCAUUACCGUGACUGUGGACUACUUCAUCGAGAUCUUCCUCCUGGUCCAGUACAUCUAUGAGAGGAUCAAGGUGGCCCCCCUGCAGCCCAUGUGCUGGUAUAGCUGGGUGAUCCUGGGCACGUGGCCCAUCUUGACAGCGCUUGGCGUCCUGGUGCAGUUCAAGGUCACGGCAGAGGGCUACUCACACACAGAAGUCAUUAUUAACAGGAGACAGAGGCGGGUACAGCUAAUGAGAAUACGACAGAGGGAGGCCAAGAGAAAGCAGAGGAGACAGCGGAGGACAUACCAGGAGCAGGCGUAUCGCAGGAAACCCAACCCUGUCCGCCGCUACGAUGGAGAUGUGCUUUCCCCGAGCUACAUCCAGAACUUCCGGGAGCGCCAAGCUGGAACGUCGCCAGGCGCCAACGCACAGACCAUGAUUGACGUGGACUAUGACUGCAGCUCCACGGUGCCCCUCACCUCCUCCACCCCGGCCGUCCGAGUGUGAGGCAACCGCAGAGGCCUUUGGAGCAAAGUGGAGGCUCUCAGUGUGCUGGGCAGCAGAGGAAGAGGAGACCUGCGGGAAGGGGAGUCUCCCUAAGCCCAGUGUCCCAGGGAAGGGCCUGCCGUCGAUGUGGGACUUGUAUUUACGCAAGAUAUUUAAUAUAUUUAUGCCUGAACUGGGUCUGGCCCUAUUGCAACCACGCCCUUUCCCAACCUACAAAUCGAGGCUCCCAGAUUGGAGACAUGGAUUUCCAGGGGACAUUUCAUUCCACUGUCUCUUGUAUCCUGUGAUUGGGGAAGGAGAUCAGGACUCUCAGCGACUACAUCUACACAGGAACUGACCUAGGACUCAGUGCGGAUAAAGGCCACUUUAACCCUAACUCGAGCAAGAAUGGGUUAAAAACUCAUAGAGGGAG